AUGUGGAGCAAGCUUCUCGUCAUCGGGGCUCUUUGCAAGGCUGUGCAUGGAGGAGAGUGCCAGAGGGGCCAGGGACAAGAGCAGUGCAACUCGGGCAACGCUGGCCCGACAUUGCUGCAGUAUGGGUCUCGCGUCCGCCAGCCAGAGGUUGUGUCGACGGACACUGUGGUGCCAGCUUGCGCGCCCUUCGAGGAGUGGCCCCACGUCGACAACGGUGUAACCUGCGGGGCCGGCAGCUGUCGUGCCCUAGUGGAGACCGGACCAUAUGGAGGUGUUUGUGACGUGUACUGCGCAAGCUUUGGCCACAAAUGCGUGGCGGCGGCAGAGGAAAAGGCAGAAACCUGCGAAGUUCUGGAGCAGAAGAGGUGCGACGAAGAAAUCGCUGGAACCAGUGACAUGCUCUGCACCUGCAAGCGGAGCGAGGAGGUGUGCUGGGAUGGAGUCGGAGGAUUGGUGGAUGACGAAGGAAAUGAAGUUGGCCAGUUGGAAGCCGCAACUCUGGAAGAAUGCGAGAGCAGCUGCAAUGCAGACGAUGCAUGCAAAAGCAUCACGUUUUGCCAGAAAUGGGGGACUUGCUUUCUCAAGGACCGAAGCCUUUCUGGAAUGGAAGACGCGAGCAGAAACGAUGCCUGCAACACCUACUUCAAGAAGCCGUGCGGAAGUACGCCAGUUUCUCGCCCACCAUGGUCAGGUGGGGGUGGCGGGGGCCAGCCGUUGCGUGUGAUGGUGGUGUCAUACAACCUGUACUGGUGGAAUGCCUUCGGUCAGAAUCCUUGGAAGAGCGACCACAUCAUUGACAACAUCAAAAAUAACCUGAAGCCAGAUUCAAUUGGGUUGCAGGAGUGCGAUGAGCCCGGCACGAUCCGAGACCGGACAGGCCUCGAGCGAGCCUCGCAAUUCGAUGGUGCCCAGGGGAUCAUGGUGAAGCCAGGCCUCUUUGCGAAAGGCAGCUCUGGCUCAAGGGACAUCCAGGCCACCGGCAAAUGGGGCCCGCGCUACGUGACAUGGGUGGAGUUGACAGAUCCACAGAGUGGCCGGACUUUCUGGCAUUUCAACACUCACUGGUGUGUGCAUAAUGGCAAUGGUAGGGUGUGCGACGAAAAUGUUCGAUACCGUGGCGCACAAAACAUGCUCAACGUUAUCAAGGAGAAGGCCGGUGACCUGCCGGUAGUCAUCACCGGAGACUUCAAUGCCAGGCUGAAUGAAAAGGGUCCGCAGCACUUCCUCGCGAAUGGUUUCCAACUGGCUGAGAAUGCUUGGGUGGAUUGCAUCUUCUACUCGCACCACUGGGAGCUGCGCAGACACGGUACUGGUGAUGCGUCACAUAGCGACCACCGCCCCAUCUUUGCGGAGUUGCAGCUCAAAUGUGCUCAGAAGCUCCCCAAGCCACCCAACUUGCUUGCAAGGGCCCAACAGGUAGCCUGGUUCGACUACCUACGCCCGUCGCUGGAGUGGCGACGAAAAUGCGCUCGACUGGAGGAGGAGUUGGCAGCCUUGCAGAAGGAGAAUGCAUUGCUGGCAUCAGAUGCGAAGUGGUGGGAGGCCAAAUGUUCUGAGCUCGAGGAUUAUCUUCGUUACAAUUGGGACUGGUGGCGUGCGAAGGCCAUACGUCUCUCCUCUCCGUUGACAAAGUACACGGAGGAGUUAUCGGAGCCGCAGUCAGAAGGCUUUGAUUGGAAGUGGUACCCGACAUCAUGCCCUUGCUGUAGACGGCCGCUGGACAUAACUGUGUCUGCGGGCACCUCUUACAAGACAUGGGAUAAGUGGGAUACGUGGGAUACGUGGGAGCACGGUGAACAGCACGCGCCUCGUUGUGCUUACGUCUGCGUGGUUUGGGGUGCCAAUGCCGGCUACGCCUUGGGCGCCGCGGUGCUUGGCACGAGACUCCAGGAGCUACAAGCAGAGCAAGGCGGAGCGGCCGACCUGAUUCUGAUGCACACAGAUGACGUGCCCCAGAACUAUUUGGAAGAGCUUUCAAAGAUCUGGAAGCUCCAAAGCACGGAGUACAUCGACGGCGUCCCGGCGCUUUACACUACAAAGGGCACACGCUUCGAUGGAGUCUUCACCAAGCUCAGUGCGUGGAAGCUUGUUGAAUAUGACAAAGUCAUGCUCUUGGACAUUGACACGCUCCCGCUGAAGCCACUUGGCGCUCUCUUUGACCUCGAGCCGCCAGCGGCACUUGUCCGGGGGAGCUGUAACUUAGAGCACGGAGCAUUGGUGGACGGCCGCUCCUUCUUCAGCGAGGGUGGCUGGGAGCCGGGUGGUUGGCUUCAGUCCGGAGGCAUCAACGCCGGGGUGAUCCUGUUGCGGCCUUCCCAAGCAACCUUCGAGCAGAUGCUCAGCGAGGUCACCUCGGAGCAUCACCCUGCUCACAUCGCCGGCAACGGCCCAGAGCAGGAUUACCUCACGCGCUUCUUCGCCGCAGAUCUCCAGCAGCCUUGGCGGCACAUCGACGUUUCAUACAACUUCCAGCUGCACCACAUACCUUUCGCCCUGGAACAGGUGGUGCGAUACCGAAAUCAGCUUUGCGAGUCCCAGCGUGAAGAUUCAGACUGGCUUCCUCCCCGACUGACGAUCAAUGCGGAGGACAUCAAGCUGAUCCACUUCAGCGGCGAGUUGAAGUACUGGCACAUGCUGCUCUGCGAUGAGACAGAGGUUGAGUUUAGUGUGGAGAGGUUUGCGGAGAAGAUGUUGGCAGAGUUCGCAUCUUAUGGAGCCUGGGUCACUGGAGAAGAGGACUGUGAAGAGUAUGGAGCCUGUCGCUGUGACGGCCGCAUCGUUCUCCUGAGCGACCCGAAGAAAGACAUAACGGACUUGGUGGCUCGAGCUUUUCAGCACGUGCGGGACAUUUGCGUUACGUCAUGUGCGGCGUGGCACAGCUGUGCCCUUCGGCUUCUGGAGCGGCAGCCAGGCCUCCUCCGAAAGCUGGAGCAUCCAAGCGUGCCGCCGGGUUCUGCGCUGCCUGGAGCCGAAGUGGAGGUGCUGUGGCCACGGGAAGGCGAGGCCUGGCGCAAGAGGUGGCAUCCAGCUCGAGUGCUUGGUGUGCAUUCCGAUGGAAGCUACACGGUGCACUACUACACGGAGGAUAAGGGCUGGUCCUCGUGUAUGGAGCGAAAUGUUGAUGCCGCGCGUGUGAAAUGGGAGCCUGGGGGCUCCAUGAAUUGA